AUGAAAAAUGAGGUGGGGAUGAUGUCUUUAAGGUAUGAAAAAAUGUUUUCGCCCUUGUCCCUGGGCUUUACUAGUUUGCGCAAUCGUGUUGUUAUGGGAAGUAUGCACACUGGGUUGGAGGAUUUAAAGAAUGACAGGAUCCAGCGGAUGUGCGAGUUUUAUGGUGAAAGGGCAAAAGGAGGCUGUGCUAUGAUUAUUACAGGUGGUUUUUCCCCUAAUUUUGAGGGAAAACUGACUCCUUUUGCGCCUCGUAUAUCAUCUAAAUCUGAUGCGUUGGUAUAUAAACCUGUUGUAGAUGCCGUCCAUAGAGAAGGGGGAAAGCUUGUGAUGCAAUUACUGCACGCAGGAAGAUAUGCUUACAGUCCGCUCUGUGUGGCUCCUUCUGGUAUACCCAGUCCGAUUUGGCCUUAUAAAAAAUACUACCUCCGUCCAAUCGCUUUACCGAAGCUUUGGAUAAAUAAAACUAUCAAAGACUUUGCCAGAGCUGCUGUCUUUGCAAAGGAGGCUGGAUUUGAUGGUGUGGAAAUUAUGGCGUCCGAGGGCUAUUUACUGAAUGAGUUCAUUGUAAAGCAUACCAACAAAAGAACGGAUGAAUAUGGAGGUACAUACGAAAACCGCGUACGUUUUCCGCUUGAAGUCUUGCGAGCUGUUCGUGAGGCUGUGGGAAAGGAAUUUAUCAUUAUUUUUCGUCUAUCAAUGCUGGAUUUAAUUCCGAAUGGAUCUACUCGUGAAGAUGUGUGUAAGUUGGCCGAAGAAGUUGCAAAGUCAGGAGCUGAUAUCAUUAACAGUGGAAUUGGUUGGCAUGAGGCAAGGGUUCCUACUAUCUCUACUUGUGUUCCUCGAGCCGGUUUUACUUGGGCUACUGCAGCUUGUCGAAACCAUCUGAGAAAUAAAGGGAUUUUUACUCCGCUUAUUGCCGUUAAUCGGGUGAAUCACCCAGAUGUGAUUGAGCAAGUUCUAAGAGAAGACGCCGAUCUUGUCGCGAUGGCUCGUCCUUUCUUGAGUGACCCUUUUUUUGUUAGAAAAACUGAGGAAGGGAAUGUGGAUAGCAUAAAUAUUUGUAUUGCAUGCAAUCAGGCCUGUUUGGACCACACUUUUAAAGGUCAAACUUCGUCUUGCCUGGUUAACCCAAGGGCAUGCCAUGAAAAGGAGCGUGCUAUUAUUCCCACCAAUAAGAAGAAACGAAUUGCAGUGAUUGGUGGGGGCCCGAGUGGUGCGUCUUGCGCCUUGGCGUUGGCACAACGAGGGCAUGAGGUAACAAUUUAUGAGAAGGAGAAUUUUUUGGGUGGUCAGUUUAAUCUUGCAAAGAAAAUUCCAGGAAAGGCCGAAUACGAGAGUAGCAUUAGAUAUUGGACGAAUUCCUUGUCCACACUCAAGAAUGUUAAAGUUUGCCUCAAAACAAUGGUGGAUGCUUCCUUAUUGAAUGAGGCUGGUUAUGAUGAGGUUAUUAUAGCAACUGGUUGUCUCCCAAAGCCAAUCUCAAAUUCCGUUAUAAAAGGUGUGGAGGGGCUAAAAAAUGUAUUUUCAUAUGUUGAUGUCUUAUCUGGUAGGGCGCAUGUGGGUAAUAGGGUCGCGAUCAUUGGUGGAGGGGGUAUUGGUUUUGAUGUUGCUUUUUUUCUUGUUGGAAGUCAUACGGUGCUGGGAAGCGCAGGAUAUCGCAAGGAAAAACCAGACGAGUUUGCCAAACAGUGGGGCAUGGAUCUUGAAUUUGCUACUGCAGGUGGGUUAAGGAAACCGGAUAUUGUUCAGCUAAAUCGCAGUGUUACGAUGCUACAACGAAGCAAAGGUAAAAUGGGAAGUCGUUUGGGACCCACAACAGGCUGGAUUCAUCGUCUUGAGCUGCGUUCUCAUAAUGUAAAACAAAUAAGUGGAGUGGGUUACGAUUCAUUUGACGGAAGGACACUUUCGUACAGCAUUGGUGAUAAAAAAUGUUCUUUGGAUGUAGAUUCAGUUGUUUUUUGCCAUGGCCAACAAUCUGAUCGACGGCUUGUCGAUGGUCUCCAAAACGUGCGGUAUCAUCUCAUAGGUGGUUGCUUCAAGGCGGCAGAAUUGGACGCAAAACGCGCUAUAUUGCAGGGUCAUGAAUUGGCCUUAAGGUUGUGA